AUGAUAGGAUGGAAUGAUGUUUACAAGGUGGUGGUAGCAAUGGUACCGCUCUAUGUACCGCUGAUCUUAGGGUAUGGCUCCGUGAAAUGGUGGCAUAUGUUCAAUCCCGAGCAAUGCGAGGCGAUUAAUCGAAUGAAUUGCUACUUUAUUUAUCCUCUUUUUAUGUUUGAGUUCACCACCCACAUAAACCCUUUCAACAUGAAUUAUCUCUUUGUUGCUGGGGAUGUCAUUGCCAAGUGUUUUCUUGGUUUAGUACUAGGGGGUUGGACUUAUUUUUUCAGUGAAAGAUACGAAUGGUUUGUAACUGGCUUCUCUAUAUCUGCUAUAAACAAUACUUCUAUCGUCGGACUGCCUCUUGUAGGAGCCAUGUAUGGUUCAUUAGGGGAGGAACUUGUGAUCCAAUCGGCCCUUUUGCAGUUGAUUAUUUGGGUUAUGAUUUUAUUGUUCAUGCUCGAAGUUAGACGUGCAAGGCAAAGUUUUGAGUCUGUGUCAGCCAUUGAAGUGUCAGGGAAGGAUUUGGAAGAGAAUAUUGGUGUCCAAGUAAAUGAUGUUAGGGUGGUGAGGCCAUCAACUUGGGCAGUGAUAAAAAUUGUGCUGGGCAAACUUGCUAAGAAUCCCAAUUGCCAUGCUUGCAUUGCUGGAUUCAUUUGGGCCCUGGUAGCCAGCAAAUGGCACUUCCAGAUGCCAAGCAUCAUAGAGGGAUCUAUUACAAUUUUGUCAAAAGCUGGCAUAGGCACUUCCAUGUUCUGCAUGGGGUUGUUCAUGGCUUUAAAUGAGAAGAUAUUUGCUUGUGGUGCCAAAGCAACAUUGUUGACAAUGAUAUUCAGGUUUAUCAUGGGACCAUUCUCGAUGGGCUUAGCUUGUUUAGCUCUGGGGUUGCGUGGUCAAGUGUUGCGGAUUGCUAUAGUUCAGGCUGCACUUCCCCCGGCCGUCAUUUCCUUCAUAUAUGCAAAAGAAUAUGGAUUGCAGGCUGAUGUCACAAGCACUGCAGUUAUCUUUGGCACAGCGAUCUCUCUGCCGAUUGUGAUCGCGUUUUAUGCAAUCUUGGAGUGGAUAGAUGUUUAG